CAAAAACUCUUCGUUCUCUCUCUCUCUCUUCUUUCUCUCUCUUCCAUUCUAUCUAUCCAUUUCUGUCCAUCGCCGACAACCGCCAAUUCCCUCCAUUUCAAAGAAAACCCCUUUCUCUCUCUUCUCUUCUCUUCUCAGGUGUUGCAUUGAACGUGAAAGAUGCUGAGUUAUUCUCCAUUCUUCUCUUUUGCAAGUUUACAUCUGCUUUGCUUUGUGAUAUAGAGAUUUGUGUAUCACUGCAAAUACUUUCACAAACCAUGCAUUUGAGAAAUGUUGUGGGAGCUUCUUAAUCCUGGUUGCGGAAUUCCUUUGAUAGGUGGAUGGUAUUAUGUGGUUGUCUGGAGUUGAAAUUUAAAUUUGUACCUUAGCAAACAUUGCUUGCAUCACAAAGAAACUUCCAAUAUCAGUUGAUUUUACUUUUCAAAUUGGUUUAAGAUGUCAGAAAUUGACAUGGCGGUUAUUAAACCUGAGAUGAUGAAGCCUUAUAUCUGGCUUGAGACAUCAGACGGUUCAAUCCAACAAGUGGAACAAGAAAUUGCAAUGUAUUGUCCUCUGAUUUGUCAAGAAAUAAUACAAAAGGGCAUGGGAUCUUCCAAGAAUUGUGCAAUAUGUCUUCCUCAACGAGUCAGUCCUGCGAUGUUGAGCUUAAUUCUUGAUUAUUGUCGUUUUCACCAAGUACCGGGUCGCUCAAACAAGGAACGAAAAUCUUAUGAUGAGAAGUUCAUUAGGAUGGAAACGAAACGGCUCUGUGAGUUGACAUCUGCUGCAGACAGCCUUCAGUUGAAGCCAUUGGUUGAUCUUACGAGUCGUGCACUUGCUCGGAUAAUUGAAGGAAAAUCUCCAGAGGAGAUACGUGAGAUAUUUCAUUUGCCUGAUGAUCUUACUGAGGAAGAGAAGUUGGAGCCCUUGAAAAACACAACUGAUGACCCAAGGAUCAGGCUUUUGAAUCGAUUGUAUGCCAAAAAGAGAAAAGAACUAAGAGAGCGUGAGAGGUUAAAGAAUGUUGAAGCUGAAGAAGAGCAUGCAGAUGAACGUUCAGUUGAUGACCUUUUAUCUUUCAUUAAUGGAAAUGGAGAUCCAAAGGGAAUUAAAGCAUCCAAGAAUAAAAAGAAAAAUAGAAGAAAAAAAGAGCAACAACAGAAGAACUCUUCUCCGAAGGAAGCUUCUGAGGAAGUAAAUGGUCAAAAUAUCAGACACCAAAGUGUUGAAGCUGAUGGAAUUGCUGAGACCUCAAAUUCACAUACAGAAGACCUUUUUGCUCAAAAGGAGUUUGAUGAUGGAGAUGAUGGGAUUGAUCCUGCACUGAAGGAAAAAAUUGACAGCUGUACAAACCCGCCAGAUAUUGAAACAAAGCUAGUACACCAGUGGAAUUGCAGCUGGAAUAGGUUGAGGGACAGGAAUAGAAGUAGCAGAAUCCGGUGAGAAGAGUUCUUUGUAGGGUAAUUUAAUUUCAUUGAACCAUUGAAAUGAACAAUUUACCAGCAUGAGAUAAGCAUUUGUAGCCCUUGUCAGAGGGGGAAUACAGAAUACCCAAAAAAUAUAAAUUCAUGGAUUUGAUAUUGAAUUUUUGAGUAUUAUAAGGUCUCAGAAGAGGUAAGCAAGCACAAACAAGGACUCCGGAUGAUUAAUCUUGCAUUUGGUUGAACAAUUGUGUAUAAGGAACUGCAGAGUUAAGUGCUGCAGUGAGAACUCUAUUGAUUAAGAAAACUGAAGUGAUAAAGGCAUAACCCAAGAAUUUUAAGGGCAAAA